AUGGUCGACCUCCCCGACCCCACCAUCGACCUCGACUGGAGCGGCUACGUCGGCGCAAUCCACGAGAUAUUCCACAAAAAUGCCCAGUCGCAUCCCGAUAGGCCCUGCGUGACCGAGACCAAGAGUCAGACGACGCCAACGAGGACAUUCACAUACCGCCAAAUCAGCGAGGCGUCCAACACGAUUGCCAACCACUUGCACGAUGCUGGAAUUACCAACGGAGACGUUGUCAUGAUCUUUGCACACCGCUCGGUUGAGCUGGUCUGCGCGUUCAUGGGAACUCUUGCUGCUGGAGCCACAGUAACAGUGCUUGAUCCUCUCUACCCUCCUCAGAGACAACAGAUUUAUCUGGAGGUUUCCCAACCCAAGGCUCUGAUUUCCAUUGGCAAGGCCGUAGACGAGAAUGGUCCUCUUGCUCCCGUAGUACAGAAAUACAUCGACGAGGAACUGUCCCUCAAGACACAGCUCCCGAAUCUCCGCCUCAGUGACGCCGGCGUGCUGUCUAGUGGCGAGCAAGAUACCGAAGAUCUGUUCGCCAGCGUAAGAGCCAAGGCCUCGUCUCUUCCCGACGUCAUCGUCGGUCCCGACUCCAACCCCACCCUUAGUUAUACGUCUGGUAGCGAAGGAAAGCCCAAGGCUGUGCGGGGACGUCAUUACGGCUUGACAAGAUACUUCCCCUGGAUGGCAGAGCGUUUCAACCUCUCAUCUGAAAGCGUCUUCGCCUGCCUGUCUGGUAUCGCUCACGACCCCAUUCAGCGAGAUAUCAUGACGCCUCUGUUCCUCGGCGCUCAGCUUCUCAUUCCUGCCAAGGAAGAUAUCCAGCACGAGAAGUUGAGCGAGUGGAUGAACGCCUGGUCACCGACUGUAACUCAUCUGACCCCUGCCAUGGGACAGAUUCUGGUUGGUGGAGCCACCGCCAAGUUCCCUUCCCUGAAGCACGUCUUCUUCGUUGGCGAUAUCCUCACCACUCGCGACUGCAAGGUGCUUCGCAAGCUGGGUCCCUCAUGCGCCAUCGUUAACAUGUACGGCACGACCGAGACCAGCAGAGCGGUGUCUUACUUCGAGAUUCCCUCCGCCGAGGCCGACCCGACAGCUCUCGACUCGCUUGGCGAUGUUGUUCCCGCAGGUUGGGGAAUGCACAAUGUUCAAGUCCUUGUUGUUUCUCGGGAUGACCACAACAAGAUGUGCGGCGUCGGCGAGGUCGGCGAGCUGUACAUCAGAGCGGCCGGUUUGGCUGAGGGUUACCUCGGCGAGCCAGAGAAGAACAAGGAGAAGUUUAUCGAGAACUGGUUCGUUGACAACGCCAAGUGGGUGGAAGCCGACAAGGCUAGCGCAAAGGGCGAGCCGUGGCGUCAAUACUACAAGGGUCCCCGCGACAGAUUGUACCGCACAGGAGACCUUGGUCAGUACCUCCCUUCGGGAGCUGUGCAGGUGUCUGGCCGCAUCGAUUCGCAAGUCAAGAUCCGUGGGUUCCGUAUCGAGCUGAACGAGAUCGAUGCGAACUUGGGAGGAAGCCCGCUCAUCAGAGACUGCAAGACUCUUGUUCGCAGAGAUCGUAACGAGGAGCCGAAUCUUGUCAGCUACAUUGUGCCUGAGAUCGCGGAGUGGAAGCGCUGGUUGGAGGCUCAGAACCAGGAGGAUGUCGAAGACGAGGGCGUUGAGAUGGGAUCGAGCGUGGUAUACCUCAAGAGAUUCCGCAGGAUUCAGGCCGAGGUGCGAGACCACCUCAAGGCUCGUCUGCCAGUCUAUGCGGUGCCCUCCACGUACAUUGUGUUGCAAAAGCUCCCUCUCAACCCCAACGGCAAGGUGGAUACCCCGGCUCUGCCUUUCCCCGAUACGACCGAGAUGAUGGAGGAUGCCUCAGAAGAGGACCUCAAGAGCUGGGAGGCCCUGUCUGAGACGGAAAAGACCGUUGCUGCGCAGUGGGCAACCCUCAUCAAGGGCCUGAACGAGAAGACGAUCAAAUCCGAGUCAGACUUCUUUGACUGCGGUGGGCACAGUCUUCUGGCUCAGCAGCUCCUCCUCAACAUCCGCAAGAACUUGGGCGUCGACAUCACUAUUGGUGUCCUUUAUGCCAACCCCACCCUUAGCGCGUUGAGCACCCAGAUUGACCGCCUCAAAAGCGGUCAGGCACCCACUGUGGACAAGGCCGCCGAAGCCGUGUACGCCAAGUCGCUUGACGAGCUCGUUAAAACUCUUGAUGCCAAGUACCAGAGCGCCGACCCUGCGGCCUUGAGCCCAUCGGCUGGCGCGACGUUCUUCCUCACUGGUGCCACUGGUUUCUUGGGCGCGUACCUGGUCCAGGAUAUCCUUAGCAGACAAAAUACCAAGCUCCUCGUGCACAUCCGCGGUGUGAAGGAUACUUCUGCCGCGAAGGAGCGCCUUACUAGAUCACUCAAGGGCUACGCAUUGUGGCAGGAUUCAUGGGCCGACAGGAUCGACUGUGUCCUUGGUGACCUGUCCAAGCCCCGUCUCGGCUUGGACGAUGCCAGCUGGAAGCAAGUCGCCGAUACUGCGGACGUGAUUGUUCACAACGCGGCGUACGUGCACUGGAUUGCGCGCUACGAGCAGAUGAUGCGCAGCAACGUCCUGUCUACCAUUGACGCGAUGAAACUUUGCAACGAAGGCAAGCCCAAGAUCUUGUCCUUUGUGUCAUCGACCUCGACGCUAGACACUGAGCACUACGUCAACCUUUCUGACAAGGAGACGGCAACUGGUCGCGGAGCGGUUCUUGAGGAGGAUGACUUGCAGGGUAGCCGCACUGGUCUCGGUACUGGUUACGGCCAGACCAAAUGGGUCUCUGAGCAGCUGGUUCGCGAAGCUGGUAAGCGCGGCCUUCGCGGCGCUGUCAUCCGCCCAGGAUACAUCCUCGGUAGCCGCCAUGGCGGUGUUUCCAACACAGAUGAUUUCCUCAUCAGAUUGUGCAAGGGUUGCGUCCAGCUCAAGGCCCGCCCUCGCAUCGUCAACUCAGUCAAUGCUGUGCCUGUAGACCACGUCGCCCGUGUCGUCAUCGCUGCUGGACUCAACCCCCUUCCUGGCGUCAACGUCGUCCACGUGACGGCGCACCCGCGCCUCCGCAUGAACGAGUUCCUCUCGACGCUGAGCUACUACGGUUACGACGUCCCCGAGGUCGACUAUGAGGAGUGGAAGACGCAGCUCGAGGAGUUUGUGUCGGCUGGUGCCGUCGAGAAGGAUCAGGAGCAGAGCGCGCUGAUGCCGCUGUUCCAUAUGGCUACGUCUGACCUGCCCUCGACGACGCGCGCACCCGAGCUCGACGACAGAAAUGCCGUUGCUGUGCUCAAGGCUGAUGCUGAGCGCUGGACUGGGGUUGAUGACAGUGCGGGUGAGGGUAUUACCCGCGAGGACAUUGGACGGUAUCUGCGGUUCUUGGCCGAGACCAAGUUCAUGCCGCUGCCAACGGGCCGUGGACGAGAGCUGCCGCCGAUUCCGGCGGGAGUUGCAGAGGCUCAGGCACAGUUUGGCGUUGGCGGUCGCGGCGGUGCGGCAUAA